UGCCAAAGUCUUAUCAACUUGUUAAUAGAACCUUUUGUACAAAUACAUCCAGGACAGAUGCCACCGAAGAAGAGAGGUGCUGCCCAAAGAGCCCUGGCCAGACUACGUCAGAGUUCACAAUCUCAAACCACCACCAAACGAACGAGUGACGCCCCACAACAACACGUACCUGUAAAUGGCCAUAAACGAAGGAAAACGAGUCAACCCAACAAUUCAACACCAAAAGAGGAAAAGUUGGCACACGUUUUGGCCAAUUUAAACUUGGCUGUAGGCGAAUUGUUCUCAUUAACUGAGUAUAAGUCGAUCGUAUACUGGAAUCCUAAAGAUUAUUCAAGUGGUUUACCCAAGACACAAGUUCCUGAACUAUUUCAGGAGUUUGCUGAAGAUUCAAAGUAUAAAAUAGUAUGGGACGAAGAAAUUGAGAACGAUAAGGAAGUCAAGAACUUACCACUAAGAUUUCAGAAGAAGUUGUUGGCUGAACGAGAGCAAAAGCUCUUGGAUAAGUUUCCGUUUAAAAACGAAGUCAUAGAAAGAAGUCACGUCAUAGAGUCUCAAUUAUUGGAUAGUUUGGAAGAGGAAAAGGAUUCCCGCCCUCAGUCAAAGGGGAAAGCGCACUCAGUUAAACAGGAAGAAGUAAAGCCAGAUCCCAAAAAGAAGGGGAAACCAACAAGACGCUCCAAAGCAGCAGAAGAAGCAGAACAAGUAGACGAGGAGCAAGAGGAAGAAGUAGAAGAAAUAGAACAAGACUCAGAGGAUGAUGAAGUAAAGUACACAUUACCACCACCCCUCGUCACUCAUCCUUCACAUAUCCCCAAAUGGAGACCCACAACUGAGCAAAUGGUAGAAGGAAACAAUCAGCAAGAAAUAAUAGACUUUGACCCAGUACCUUUACAAAUCAUAAAAUCAAACAGUGACACCAUAGAAGCACCAGAAGUUGCUGACAAAUUACGGAAUUUCUUGGACAACAACUACAAGAACCCAAUUAUUGAUGAAUCCAACAUGCCUGAUUUCAAUAAUACAGCCCAAGAAUACGAGUCCAUUAUGAAUCAACAAUUUCAAUUAUUAAAAAAGAUAUCACAUAAAAUAAAUAAUGAAAGCAGUUUAGAAUUAAAUGGAGAAAAGAUCGAAAGACGGAAGAUUGUGCUACCACAAACAUCAAAUAUAAAACUCACGGAUCCAUUCCGAAACACGGGUUCAGUAACCCCCAAACUCCAAGGACUUCAAAACAAUUUAACCCAUCAUGACUAUUUACUCAAUCAAGGUAUUGCAUUUUCAAAAGUGCACCAUCAAAUGAGAAGACAACAUCAAUUGCGGACCAGGAAAGUGACUCUGAUGAUUGAACAACAUUUCAAAAAGAAGAAGGGAGAGAAAGAACGACUUGCUCGUGAACGAGAACAAAACCUUCGGAAAAUUAGUCGAUUGGCUAUUCAAGCAGUUAAAAAGAGAUGGAACCAGGCGUAUAAAGUAUAUCAGUUCAUUCAACAGGAGAAAGAGGACGAAAUUAAACAAAAGAAGGGAAGAGAACAUUUAUCACAAAUGUUGGAACAUUCUACUCAGUUAUUAGAAGCACAAUUGGCAUCUUCGAGAGAAGCAACUGCUGAUAUUGAAAGUGAGACUUUGUUAAGCGAUGAAAUGAAUGAAGGUAGUGAUUCAGAUACGUUCAGUUCUAGUUCUGAAGAAGAGGAAGAACUUAAUGGAAGUGCCAAGGAGGCCGAAAAUGAUAUGAAUCUUUCAAUUGAAGAAUUAAAGAAGAAGUAUGCCAAUAUGGAAAGCUCAGUCGAACCUUCUUCUAAUCCAGAACGGGAAACUGAACAAGAUUCAGAAGAAGAAGAAGAAGAAGAAGAAGAAGAAUCAGAUGAUGACGGUAUUAACGUAAGCCAAGGUCUUGCCUCUUUGUAUGGAAUAACUGAAGUUGAAAGUCCAGCUCCUGUCACUCCUUCCACGGAAUACACCGAGCAAGAAAAAGAAAUAAUUGAUAAACUCAAUCAAGAAGAACAAAUUGAUAAUUCACUUUUAGACUCUGAUGAUGCCAGUCUGAUUUCUGAUUGGGAAUCUUCUGAAAAUGAAGCUGAUGAAGAAGUAGAACCAGAAGAUGACGAAGAGAUGGAAGAAGUUGAAGAAACAGAAGAGAAACCGAAUGGUCUUGCAAGCUUAUUUAAUAAUGACAUCGAGGACGAAUCCGAUGAAGAUGUUGAAAUCAACGAAGAAAGCGGUAGUGAUGAUUACAUGUCUACCACAGACGAAGAAGCCGAAGCGGAAGAAAAAGAAACCAGUAACGGUUCCUUAAAAUCAGAAGAACCUACAAAACAAGAACAAGAAGAUGAAGAAGAAGAAGAAGUCAAAGUUGAAGAAAUUAAUGGUUCAAUGGUUAAAGACGUUCCAUUACCUUCUCUUUUACGAGGUACACUUAGACCCUAUCAAAAACAAGGUCUUAAUUGGUUAGCCAGUUUAUACAACAACAACACAAACGGUAUUCUUGCCGAUGAGAUGGGUUUAGGUAAAACCAUUCAAACAAUUGCAUUGAUAUCUUAUUUGGCAUGUGAACACCACAUUUGGGGCCCACAUUUAAUUAUUGUGCCUACUUCAGUUAUGUUGAAUUGGGAAAUGGAGUUCAAGAAGUUUGCACCGGGUUUCAAAGUGUUGACGUAUUAUGGAUCUCCUCAGCAACGUGCUCAGAAGAGGAAAGGAUGGAACAAACCAGAUGCAUUUCAUGUAUGUAUCACGUCGUACCAAUUGGUGGUUCAAGAUCAACAAUCAUUCAAGCGAAGAAGAUGGAGAUAUAUGAUUCUUGACGAAGCGCAUAAUAUCAAGAACUUUAGAUCUACUCGUUGGCGAGCAUUGUUGAAUUUUAAUACUGAAAAUAGAUUGCUUUUAACCGGUACACCAUUACAAAACAACUUGAUGGAAUUAUGGUCGUUGUUAUAUUUCUUAAUGCCUUCAUCAAAAGUUAAUCAAGCUAUGCCGGAGGGAUUUGCCAAUUUGGAUGACUUCCAGCAAUGGUUUGGUCGUCCCGUUGAUAAAAUAUUGGAACAGACCACCAUGGGCGGUAGUUCUGAUUUAAUUGAUGAAAAUGAACGAACCACUCUGAAAAUGGAUGAAGAAACAAGAAACACCGUGGCGAGAUUACAUCAAGUGUUGCGUCCAUAUUUGCUUAGACGAUUAAAGAAGGAUGUGGAAAAACAAAUGCCAGGAAAGUAUGAACAUAUUGUGUAUUGCCGUCUUUCUAAAAGACAGCGAUUCUUGUAUGAUGAUUUCAUGUCGAGGGCUAAGACCAAGGAAACUUUGGCAUCGGGGAACUUUCUUUCUAUUAUUAAUUGUUUGAUGCAAUUGAGAAAAGUUUGUAACCAUCCUGAUUUGUUUGAAGUUAGACCGAUUGUCACUUCGUUCGCAAUGCCUAGAUCAGUAUCUUCGUUUUAUCAACCAACGCUUCAGUUGGUUAAUAAACAGUUGGACAAAUCGAAUUACAAGGAAACAAUCAAUUUCAAUGUUCUUAAUCUUGAUAUUACAACCCGAGACAAUUUGAAUUAUUUUGUUUGUCAAUCGUGUGAUCGAUUGCAAUCUUCAAAAGAAUUAGAAGAACAGAUUACUCAAUUGAAUAAGCUACAGAAUGGGGUAGAUUCAAGUGAUGUGGACGUUACUGAUUAUUUGAAAUAUUAUCAGCAUUUAAAGGCACAUGCGCAACUGGAAGUUCAGGAAAAGUUGAAACAGGUAUUAUAUUUGAAUUCGUUGAGAUGCAGCAGAAAGCCAUUGUAUGGAGAGUCAUUAUUACGUUUCCUUACUAUUCCAGUUCUAGAUUUUACAGAUGAACCAUUUGACAAGUUUUCUUUGACCAUACCCCAACGAGUUGAUGCGAUGGGUGACACCAUUGAAAAGUUCUCCAUUAUAACACCACCAGUAGUUGCUCUAGAUAUGAAGGAUCAAAUUAUACCUAUAUCAACACAGAGGAAAGUUCUGAAUGAAAUUGCCACUAAUAAAAUUGAUAAUCCAUUCCACAAGUCUCAAGUUAAGUUAUCUAUUGCAUUUCCUGAUAAAUCACUCUUGCAGUAUGACUGUGGUAAACUACAGAAGCUUGCUACUUUAUUACAAACCUUGACGGCGGAGGGACAUCGAGCAUUGAUUUUCACACAAAUGACAAAAGUUCUUGAUAUUCUCGAACAAUUUUUGAAUAUUCACGGAUAUAGAUACAUGAGAUUAGAUGGUGCCACCAAGAUUGAAGACCGUCAACUUCUAACUGAGAAGUUCAAUCGUGAUAACAAGAUCCCGGUGUUUAUCUUGUCUACUAGAUCUGGUGGGUUGGGUAUCAACUUAACUGGUGCCGAUACAGUCAUCUUUUAUGAUUCCGAUUGGAAUCCCGCUAUGGAUAAGCAAUGUCAGGAUCGUUGUCAUAGAAUUGGGCAAGUUAGAGAUGUGCAUAUCUAUCGAUUUGUUUCUGAAUACACUAUCGAAUCGAACAUUCUUAAAAAGGCUAACCAGAAGAGACAGUUGGAUAAUGUGGUUAUCCAGGAGGGUGAAUUCACCACGGAUUAUUUCGGUAAAUUCUCUGUGCGUGAUCUUGUCAGUGAUAAUAUUGUCGGUGAUGAUGUUGUUGAUAGAACCAUUGAUUUCUCAGGAGAUGUUAAAAUGGGUAAUGUGUUCGCUCAAGCGGAAGAUGAAGAGGAUAGAGUUGCUGCUGGAGCCGCGUUGAAGGAAGUUGCUGUUGAUGAAGAAGAUUUCAAAGAAGAGAGUAAAUCAGUGGCUGACACUCCUUCACAAACACCUGCUCCACCACUGACGUUGGCCAUGAAUGGAGGAGUCAUGGGGAUUGAUGAUUUGGGUGAUCAAGAUUUCGAAGAAGGUAUUGGUCAUAUUGAUGAGUAUAUGUUGAGAUUUAUCUCCGACGGAUACUACUAGAGAGGGGAAAACUGUAGCAAAACAGUUUGUAUAACGUUAGCAUAAUAUGUAACAUUAAAUAUUAAAAUUUACAUGUAUUAGUAAUAGAAGAUGUAACUGAU